CAUCGCAUACGUCCUACACACACAGACGAUUGACGACCACAACAGGGAGCCAUUGCUAAGGUCGAACGCGCUCACACACCGAGGAGCCAUCGCAGUUACACACAACAACCAGGCAUUGCGAAUUCCCAAAGCAGAAGAAGAAAACACACAGAACGACAAAUUCCAUCGGCGGCUAUCCAUCGUCGCGUUCCUCGCGACGAGGCCGAUGACGGACAAUCGAGGAGCUCAAACGGAUGGCCAAAGGCCUUGGCUCUUGCCGGCGGACGAGUUCGUAGAGCUUGUCUCGACGUCGGCCGGCUUGCCACCGUCGACUCAUACUCGACAAUGGCCAGCACGCCGUCGUCGAGUAGAACUCGACAGCGGCCAGCAUGGGGCCAUCGAGUCCAACACAUCGGCAACGGCAUGUCAUAUGGCCAUUGUCGAGUCGAACUCGAUAACGGACCGUGGUCAUCGAGUCGGACUCGACAACGGCCCCGGGCAUUUGUCGAGUUCGACUCGACGUCGGUCGUACGACUUGGCGCUGGUCCAUCGUCAUGUCGGAUUCGACAAUGCCGAGACGAAAUCGACGACGCCCUGGGGUCAUCGUCGAGUCCGACUCGACAGUGGCCGGAGGCUUUGGCGCUUCCUUGCCGUCGUGUUCGACUCGACGACUGAUGGCGACAGCCUGGCCAUUGUCAAAUCCUACUCGACGGUGACCCCAGGCCGUCAUGAUGUCGAGUCCGACUCGAUGGUGACCCCGGGCCAUUGUCGAGUUCGACUCGACGAUGAAACACAGGCCAUUGUCGAGUCCGACUCGAUGAUGACCCCGGGCCAUUGUCGAGUUCGACUCGACUAUGCCCCCGUCGAGUUCGACUCGACGGCGGCCUCUGCAUGGGCGAAGAUGCCACGUGGCAGCACGUGGUUGCUUCAGGGCGGUUUACCGUUCUCCCAGGCCUCCGCUGGCGGCCUCUGCANCAGGCCUCCGCUGGCGGCCUCUGCAUGGGCGAAGAUGCCACGUGGCAGCACGUGGUUGCUUCAGGGCGGUUUACCGUUCUCCCAGGCCUCCGCUGAUGCCUUCGAUGUGGAUGCUCGUCACUUCGCUCCGAUGCUGCGCGAACCUCCGAUGUGCGAGCGAGAUCUCCGUUGCCUUCUGCGCGAGCCUCCGAUGACGUCAACAGAACUUCUCCCACAGUUUCACAGAGUUGUCCAUCAUCGAGUCCGACACGACGACCGUCGUGUUCGAUACGAUGACCGUCGUGUUCGACACGACGACAGUCGUGUUCGACACGAUGACGGUUGCGCGCGGGCGUGUACGCGACGUGCUGAACAUGACCCCACCGUCGUGUUCAAUCCGAUGAUGGUCGUUGUCAUCGAGUCGAACACGACCGAGGUGGCACCCCCUGACCUCACCGUCGUGUUCAACCCGAUGACGGUCGCUGUCAUCGUGUCGAGCAUGACUGUAGUGGCACCCCGCAACCCCACCAUCGUGUUCAACCCGAUAACGGUCGUUGUCACCGUGUCGAACACGACCGCGGUGGCACCCCAUGACCUCACCGUCGUGUUCUACCCGAUGACGAUCGAUGUCAUCGUGUCGUACAUGACAGAGGUGGCUGCCCACAACCCAAGAACAUGUCGUCUUCAAUACGAUGACGCUCGAGCGAGGGCAUAUACACCACAUGGUGAACACGAUCACGUCGUCGUGUUCAACACGAUGACGGUCGCUGUCAUCGUGUCGAACAUGACAGAGGUGGCACACCCCGACCCCGCCGUCGUGUUCGAUGCGAUGACGGUCACUCUCGUAGCCGCCGUGCCGGUGGUAAUGUUCAACAUGCGACGGUCGAACGCGGACAUUAUCGCCACCAAAGCACGGUCGCGUUCAACAAGCAAGCAGUUGCUCAUCAUCAUCUUCAACACGACGGCGGUGGACAUGACCGCGCUGUCAUGAGAAUACGGUGACGGUGGAUCUCGCCGUGUGCGCCCGUCGUGUUGUGCAAUGCGAUGAUGCGCCGUCGUGUUGGGCACGACCGAGGCGGCAGAUCAUCGCGUCAACACGACAGCCAGUCGUGUCUCUCGUGCAUCGCUUCUGUUGAAGACUAUACUUUUUCCCGCAUUCACGGGCCUUACUUCGGCAGUGUAUGGCUAGCAGUGGCGGCGCUGAACCACAUGUGUUACACUCU